GAUCGUCACUCCCACCAACCCAACCAGCAGUUAGGAAUGAUAUUGAAAUAGUGGAACUGGAAGAGACGCGAAAUUAGAGAGAGAGCCAGAACGGAACUUCACUCCAGUUUAAAACCGGAUUUUACUAAUGAUCUAUCGAUACGUUGCGAGCGAAGAAGACGAAGAAGAAGAUGUCGGACUAUUUGGCUCCUGAAUCCCUAGCGAAGGAGAUGAAGAAUAUGCCCCAGUAUUUGCCUCCGGAAGUCACCACGCUCAUCCUCAGCCGACUCCCGGUGGAAUCGGCGGUGAAAUGCACCGCCGUCUGCAAAUCCUGGUACGCUCUCAUCAAAGAUCCCUCUUUCAUUUCCUCUCAUCUGCACCAGGCCGCGUCUCUUCAGGACGAUUUUCUCCUUCUCUGUUACCUUGACUGUGAUGAGAGAGCGCCUUUGAGAACGGUGUAUGAUUUGCGUCGCGACAACGACGCCUUUGAAGAGUAUAAGAAGUUCCCCUUACCCUCCAAGCCAGGACUUGAUGGUUCUUACAUCGUUGGCACCUGUAAUGGCCUGAUUUGUCUCUCGCGUGUUGAGGAAGGUGCUUGGAAUAUAGUUUUGUUUAAUCCUUCCAUUCGCAAACGUCUCAUUUUUCCCGAGCCUGAUCUGCCUGCGCCUAAUUCUCCCCGCGAGAGGCAUUAUUAUGCUCUCUUAGGGUUUGGGUUUGAUUCUGCAUCAAAUGACUACAAGGUACUUUUACGUGUGCCUUCUGAUGCCGAUGCAGAUGCCGAUGAUUUGGCUGAGGUUUGGUUAUUUUCCCUAAAUAGACAUUCUUGGACAAGGCUCACUGAUGAUUCUCCCAAGCAUGAUUGUUGGGCAUUUCCAAGGCCAGUCUUUGUGAAAGGUGCUUUGCAUUACGGCCUAUACUUAGAUAUGAUUCUGGCUUUUAAUAUAAGCACCGAAAGUUUUUUUGUGAUCAAUAUUCCCAAUGCUUUAGUUCCAUUUGCACCUCAAAUGUCCCUGAUUGAAUAUGAAGAUUCCAUUGCACUGUUUAACUGCCACGGCUCUCAUGAGUUGUGGGUCAUGAAGGAGUAUGGUGUAGAUAGUUCGUGGACAAUGGUGUUUCAUUCGACUGACAAAAACAGAGGGUUAGUUUUUGGUACAAACGUGCUUGAUGUGUUUGGGGUUAGGAAGACAGGGAGACUUUUUUUGAAUGUGAGCAGGGAGCAAGAGCUUGGUUGUGAGCUAGCAACGUUGGAGUUGAACUGCCACAAUAAGGAACAUCAGAAGGAGUUGCAGCUUAGGCGUGUUGGUGUUCUGGACGACUUCCAUUAUUCACAUUUUGGCAGGUACGAGGAGAGCAUGGUGUUACUUGACAAUGGGGAAGAAGAUGUUGUGGCGGAGGCAGUCUGAGUUUAAUGAAAGUGAAGUGAUGUUAACCAGUAAGUGCACCAUCUCUUUCGUGUCGUACAUGUGUUCUGAAAUUACAUCAUUGGAAUUGGGAUGUGCUUGACAUUGAUUGAGUACUAGGAAUGUUUCUGUUUUCUCUUACUAGUGAAGGAUUAUAAGCUCUUUUUUGAAGGCUACUGUUAAUGU